AUGGUUGCAGAGCUGCGUCCGCGGGCCACGAGCCACCACAGAGAGUCGCUGGCUCCUGAAGCUCCCCUGCUACCUCAUUAUGUGAGCGCGACGUCACCUAAGUCCUCGUCAUCUUCGCGUAUGCAUCGCUUGAAGCGGUUGGUGCUACUGGUCUGCGCGCUACACACGUCGCUGUUACUUGUCUGGUACUGCUUCAUGCACACGAGGAGAGAUGACGAGGUAAUCGGAGGAUCGAUAGAUAGCUUCAUAUCUAGAGUCAAUCUGGACGAGAGCAAGUCGACGUAUUUACACGCACACGAGGACCGCGAGCUGCGGAGAGAUUUCGCAUUUGCAGAGCUUGAAAAGGAAUUUUUGCAUCAGAACAACGUGUCGGUUGAGAGGGACGAGGAAGCGGUUGCAGAGGCAGAAGCUCAUGCGAAGACCCUAAAGCCGUUCCCAGUUUGGGAGGCGAAGCUCAGGAGAUUGCGGUGUUUAAGCUGGAGAGCGACGGACGAUUGCAGUCCUGAUGGACCUAGAAAACCCAGUCUCGAUGAACCCUGUAAUAAGGUUAUCCCAUUUGGUGCGUCAGGCUAUUGCGAGGUGCAAGAUAAGGAUACAGGGGAGAGGUUCCGUGUUAUGCAGAGAUACUGCUCCAGUGUGCGGGAUGUGGGAAAAUUUCGUUGCUCCGAGUCGUGGGAUUUUGCUCUACUUCCGCAGAAAGCUCGCGAGGCAACGAGGGAGGCACAGAGUCGCAAUUUCAUGUUGCCGAACAUUGCACCAAAGCCCAGUCAUCAACAGCAACCAAGAGAUGGAAUAGUAAUGGUGGUAUAUCCGAAGCUGCUGGCUAGUGCCUAUGCAACAAUUCGAGCGUUGCGGGGGUUACUUGGGUGCCGCUUGCCCAUCGAGCUCUGGUUUCGACCGCAAGAAAUGAAAUUCUUUCCAGAAGCGUUCGCACAGCUUCAAGAUUGGUCCAGGCAAAAUAAUGGGAGCAUCACAUUCCGAGAGAUCGGCGAGCCUGGAGUGGCAGGCUUUGCAACCAAAGUAUUCGCCAUUUACCACAGCUUCUUCGAACGCUUGUUGUUUCUAGACGCUGACAAUGUACCCGUGCGGGAUCCGACUUUCCUGUUUGAGUCACUUGAGUUUAAAGAGAAUGGCGCAGUAUUUUGGCCAGACUUUUGGCAUCCUGGCAAGACCAUCUUCAAUAUUCAGCCACACUCACUCAUAUGGGAGCUGCUGGACUUGCCGUUUGUCAACAUGUUCGAACAGGAGAGUGGUCAGCUGCUGGUUGAUCGACGGAGACAUGCAGCACCGUUGGAACUUGUGAAGUUCUACACCUUCCAUCGACCGAAUCACUUUGACAAGAUGAAGCUAGCACAUGGAGAUAAAGACCUUUUCCGGUUCGCGUGGCUGAAACUGGGUGCUCCUUUCCACAUGAUCCAGUCGCCACCUGCCGUCGCUGGCAAAGUUGUAAACGAGAGUUUCUGUGGCAUGACAAUGGUGCAACACGAUACACAGGGCGGCGUACUCUUUCUCCAUCGCAAUUCCCAUAAACUCAUGGGCACUCAACGACGGAAGGCAGUCAACAUGAAAGCAGCAGCCAUCCGCAGGGCAAGGAACAAGCGACUGCGUAUGAAAAUGGCUGAGGCGGAUCGUAUCAUGCUUGGUGGUAAAGAUGCCGAACUAGUUGCGCUUGAGGACACUCCAUCACCGACCUUGGAAGUGCCAGAGCCCGAUGGUUAUCCAGAUAUGGCGAUCUGGACGCACUUGGUUUCUUUUAAAGACACUUCGCGUCGGUCGGACUACCUAAUCCGCACGUAUGAGGCAUUUCCAGAUUUUGAAAACGGCCAGAACUGCUACGGACAGCGCUAUUUGAACCAGAGUUUACACUUCAUUACUCAAGAGUUCACCAACCUCAGCUAUUCCGGACUCGAGACGGAGUUACGGCGCUUUGCGAAGGAAGGUGCUCGCUUUUACGAGCAAGUGGGGAUUGCGGGGUGA